AUGGAUGAUUUUCUAAAAAUUGAAAAGAUAGGAGAAGGUACAUACGGUGUGGUGUAUAAAGGAAAAAAUAAAAUUACUGGUCAGUUCGUGGCCAUGAAGAAAAUUCGCCUGGAGUCCGAAGAUGAAGGUAUACCAUCUACCGCUAUCAGAGAAAUUUCUCUACUUAAAGAACUUAACCACCCCAAUAUAGUGAAAUUAGAAGAUGUUCUUAUGGAAGAAUCUCGACUCUAUCUCAUUUUCGAAUUUCUUUCCAUGGACUUAAAGAAAUACAUGGAUUCACUUGGCUCAGGAAAGGUAUGGAUCAACUCAAAUUUUAUGGAUCCUGCCGUGGUCAAAAGUUAUCUAUAUCAAAUAAACAAUGCUAUACUGUACUGUCAUCAGCGUCGCAUCUUACACCGAGAUCUUAAGCCACAAAAUUUGCUUAUUGAUAAAACUGGUAUCAUUAAGGUGGCAGAUUUUGGUUUAGGCAGAGCCUUUGGUGUCCCGGUGAGAGUGUACACUCACGAAGUUGUCACUCUGUGGUACAGAGCUCCAGAAGUUUUACUCGGUAGUCAAAGAUAUUCAUGUCCUAUUGACAUAUGGUCAGUAGGAUGUAUUUUCUCAGAGAUGUCAUCGAAAAAACCACUGUUCCAAGGUGACUCCGAGAUUGAUCAACUUUUCCGCAUCUUCAGGAUGUUACGCACACCCACAGAGGAGAUUUGGCCAGGAGUUUCAUCACUUCCUGACUAUAAACCUACAUUCCCAAAUUGGAACACAUUCAAUCUUCAUAAUCAUGUCCAAAACUUAGAUGAAGUGGGGAUGGAUCUAUUGCAAAAGAUGCUGGUUUACGACCCUGUACGUCGCAUAUCGGCAAAGGAUGCCCGUCGCCAUCGUUACUUCCGCGACGUGAAACUGCCACCGGGUCUGACAGUGCACUCUGCAUAUAUAAGAUACACUCCUGAGAACUCCAAUGAUACAGACAGCAGUGCACAGAGUGUA